AUGCUCGGCGAGCUCUUCAUCGAAUACUGGAGGUCUCAUAUGUUCUACGAAACCGCGCACUUAAUGCAGAAUGACUAUAAUUGCAGUCUUAAUUACCUAUUCCGAAAUAAUUUCGAAUUGGAUCACCAAUUCUAUAGCUGCGAUCAUAUUGUCGAUUCCUAUGCGAUCGGCAUGCGGCGCCCAAUUUUGGGAAUUUAUUUCAUUUUGGUCGGAGCGAUUGUUGUGAUAAUUUACGUGCCAUGCUUAAUUGUUAUCGCCGGAAGCAGCGAUCUGAUGAGAAGCUCGUGCUACAAGAUCAUGAUGCUUCUCGGCAUUCUCGACAUCUUCUGCAUUUGUACCAACUCAUUGGCCACUGGAUUCUUGGGAUACGUCGGCGCGACCUUCUGCUCCUACCCAAGAUUCAUAUUCGUAAUGGGAGCUGUUGGAUGUGGAUGCUGGAUGGGAACCUGCGCGACAUGCAUCAUUCUAGCGAUCAAUCGAUGCUGCGACAUCAACCACAAUUUGAAAAUCCGCGCGAUUUUCAAGGAUCGCAACAUCUAUCUGGUUCUCGCGAUUCCAAUCAUUUACACAAUCUACUCUGUCUUUUUCACCAAGCCGCUACUCUUCGAUUCGAACUACAUGAGCUGGUUCUUCUAUCCAGGCACCGGAUUAGAUCUAAAUUAUUAUCGCAACAUCGCGCACACGGUGAAUAAUUGCGUCGUUUCGGUGACAACCACAUCGAUCUAUGCCUAUCUAUGCCUUCUGAUUCGUCAUAAGAGCCGACACUCGCAAUCAGACGCAUUGUCGAAGACGCAGAAGCAGGUGUUCGUCCAAUCCAUUCUAAUCUGCUCGUUUAAUGCCAUCGCCGCCUACAUUUACGUCUACAUGCAAUUCUUCUACUCCCCGCCGUUGUUGAUUCUGAUCGGCCAAAUCGCAUGGCAAUAUAGUCAUGGCUCCGUCUGCAUUGUGUACAUCACCAUGAAUCGAACAAUUCGCCGGAAGGUCAUCAAUCUUCUGGUGCCGCGAAUCAUCCGCAAUCGAAUUCGCAUCGGCACAUUCGAAUCGUCACUGCGAACGACCGUCAGCUUCAUCGGUGGACCGAAUAAAAUCACGGCGACUAGUGGAUCGUCGAAUUUCUAG